CUCGUUCACGUUUCCCUCCUCCGCGUCCACGUGAGCACCGCUGCUGCGUCAUUUGCGCGCGUCCUCGCUACAGAUAGUAGCGAAAAGCCUGAAGAUAGAUGUUCCGAUUUCAGACCCCUGAUGAAGACUGCACACUGGAGGAGGAAGAGGAGGCCCCGGUAGAGGAGGAAGAUGAUAUUGAUCAGUUCAAUGAUGACACUUUUGGCGCAGGGGCCAUUGAUGAUGAUUGGCAGGAGGAACACCAGCGCCUGGCGGGGAUGGAAGGGCGUGCCGCAGGCAGGGGCGUGGCCGGGGGAAGAGCAACGGAGAUAGGUGGAGCAGUUGACCCCCCACCUGCUUCCCACCUACCUCUCCCCUCCUCCCUUCCUCCCCUCCACCUUCCCCACGCCCCCUCAGGGUUACCCCCACCUGGUCUAGAGGACGGGCGAGGAGGAGGGGGCCUCGCAGAGUCCCUGGCUCGGUUCAUCCUGGGGGCCGACCCGGCCAUCGCUGGGCUGGGUGCGGCCCAGAGCCCCUCCCACCCCCAGCCCGGGCCCCCUGGCUCCGCCCUGGACUUCUCCCGGUUGCUGCCUCCCCCGUCGCUACGGCCCCACCUCCAUCACCCCCCCAAUCAAUUGCCCGGCGGGAACUCCUCUUCCUCAGGCAUGCAUCCCUCCUCCAUGAUGAGCUACCAGCAGCAGCAGCAGAUGCUGUGCCGUGGCUCCGGGCCCAUGGGCCAGAUGGCCUCUCCCAGUAUCUGGGAGAACAGUAUGGGCUUUGGUCCAGUCAGCCGCUCUCCUGGGCUCAUCCCCCACAUGGAGGAUAGCCCACUCAUGUCAAUCAUUAAGGAGGUGGGUCUACCGAAGCAGCCUCAUCCACUCAGGGGAGAGGACCCACGCGACCUGUCGGAGAGGGUCCUGCCUCCUCGUUCCACCUCCCCUGUGAUUGGUUCCCCUCCCGUGAGGGCGGUGCCCAUCGGAACCCCGCCCAAGCAGCCGAUGAGCCUCAACCACCAGAUCCACCACCCGACGGCGGUCCACGUGAGAGCUCCCCUCCAGCACAGAUACCCUCCGCCGUUCCCCGACCGCCUCUCCCCCAACACCCUGCUCAACCUCGCUAACAACCCAAUGUGUCGUGGUCCGUUCCCUCCUGGCGUUGGUCCCGUUCUUUCCCAGCUGCAACGAGCUCAGAUGCUGAACUCUCAGGUGGCAGGGUUCCCUCGCGGCGUCGGCCCCCCUCCCAUGCUGCCGGGCGGCGGUGGUUUUAGGCCCUUCUUCGGGGGCCCCCCUCCCCCGCCUCACCACCGGAUGCCCCCCCCGCCGCUCCACGGGCCGCCCAUCUACCACACCACCCACCUCCACCCCCAGCACCGCCGCAUGCUCACCCAGAGGAUGCAGAGCAGACCAAUGGGAGUGGGGCUGGACCGGCGGAGCAGGGACCCCUACAGUAACCUGAUGACCCAGAGGGAGAAGGAGUGGGUCGCAAAGAUCCAGAUGAUGCAGCUGCAGAGUACCGACCCCUACCUGGAUGACUACUACUACCAGAACUACUAUGAGAAGCUGGAGAAGCGGCAGGAGAGAGAGCGGGACAGCAGCAAGAAGGAACACACCACCCGGCUGAUCACUCCACAGGUGGCCAAGGUGGAGCACACCUACCGACCAGUUCAGUUUGCGGGCUCCCUGGGGAAGCUGACCGUGUCCAGCGUCAACAACCCUCGUAAGAUGAUCGACGCCGUGGUGACCAGCCGCUCCGACGACGAGGAGAAGAGGGAGAAGCAGGUUUGGAACAAGCGGAGGCAGAUCCUCUACACGGUGGAGAAGAUGUACAGCUCUCUGCUGGAGGUGCAGGACUUUGAGAAGCGCUUCGUCCACGCUGCCGAGGAGGAGAGGGGCGCUCUGCUGGAGCGACACAAGACCCACACGGAGACCCUCUGUACUCUGCUCACACACACUGAGCAGGCCGGCAGGGUGAGUGACGAGCAGUGUGUGACGAUCAUGUCCGUGAGGAAGGGGAAACGGCUCAUCUCCAGGCUCCUCCCCUUCCUGCCCGCGCAGCAGGCCGCCGCCGUUGUCAUGGCGAUCGCCCGCAACCUCCCGGCCCUGGCCAAGAAGGACAAACAGGACCAGGUGCUGUGCUGGUUGGUGGAGCCCGUUGCCGUGGUGAUCCAGUCCCUAUCAAGCGCCGCCCUCACAGAUCUACUGCAGGAAAUCCAGGGCAGGGAGGGCAACCUGGCCUCCGUUUUACAAAACAAGCUGGGUGUGACGCUGCUGUACCUGGUGCUGAGUGAGGGCGACAGGAUGCAGAGCUCUGACCCAAACUGCCAGCUCAUGGACGACAACCGCUGGACGGAGCUGGUGUUCUCGGUGGCCCGGGAGCUGCUAGCCGCACCCUCCUCAACCCUGGCCCCGCCUCUCUUCACCCCACCCAACCUGCUGGGACUCUUCGCCCGCUACGUCGACCGCCAGAGUCUAGAGCAGCUGCAGGAGAAGCUACAGAUCUCCACGCUGACCAGCUAGAAGUGAUUGCAGACAUGCCCCCACCCCCCACCUAUAUGUGGCCGAGAGAGAGAGAAUGUGUAUGUAUGUGUGUGUGUGUGUGAGAGAGUUGGUUCUUUUGAUUUUUAAGCCAGCUAAAUCUCCAGGACCAUCAUGUGUAGCAUGGUGUACAGAGACAGAGAGAGAGACCCUGGGAAAGAUUAAAUCUUUUUUUAAUUUUGUUGUCAACUAUGCCUGUGCUGAACAUCCAAUUAAAAGUAUUUCUAUUGUA